CCUGCUCCCCAGGAGCAACAGAGCUCUCCGUCUCAUGUGUAGGCCUCCAGUGUUGAAGGGGAUGAUGUGAUCUGUAGCUGCACUUUAGACCUGUUUGUUUCCAGUUCAUUCCUGCUGGGCAUGGUCUUCCAAUGGAGAUAAAAGCAGUUGUCAGAAGGUAUGACACAAGACGUAAGACAGCAGGAACAGAACUGUCAUCAUCCAAAUCCCGAGUUGACUGGAGGCGCACUAAAAGAGAGCUUGUACUACUUGACAGCAAUGACGAAUCUUCAGGUACCUCUGAGGAGGAAGAGCCUACUGCAUCAGAAGAUGAAGUAGAUGACAAAGAUGACACUGUUGUGACAAACAGUCUUAAAGAUCAGGAGGAGAAAAGCCACAAUGAGGAAAUAACAGAAGAUGGUGAGGAUGACUGCAUCGUGCCUGUGAAGCGUAAAAGGUUGAACAUCUCUGUCUUGUAUGACAGUGAUGAAAGUGAAGACAGUGAUAUACUUCUUAGAAAUGUUUUUGCUAAACGUCACUGUAUAGUGGAUGAGGAUGAGAGUUCUGAAGAACAGCAAUCUGAUAAAACUUGCCCUACAGAAAAUGUUUCUGCUAAUAAGAAAGAGAAAAUACGUGCAAAAUUGAAAGAACUUGCCAGACAAAGAACACCUCGGACAUCUAGCAGCAGUGAAUAUUGUGAGGAUUCUAAUGAUGAAGCAGAAAUAGAAGAGGAACCACUCUGUCACUUUCCACUCACACCAACAGAAGGCAGCGAGACUGACAGUGACAGCAUGAAAGAUUUUAUAGUAGAGGAAGAGGAAGGUGAUGAUGACAACACAGCGCACGUGGAUAGUGAAAACCAGCCACAACAGAAGGAACUAAAUACAUCAAAUAGCGAGUUGCUGGCAUACUAUGUUCCACAGUUAUCUCGCUGUGAUCAUUACGUACACUUCAAAAGAACAGUGAAGGCUUUCCUCAUAAAUGCAAUUGAUGACACUUUCCUGAGCUCAUUAUAUGAUGGAGCAAGACAAAAAAGGUAUGCUCGGGAUAUGUUGCUCUCACUUCAUUAUUUGGAUGAUCGCUUCAUUCAGCCUCGUCUUGAGAACUUAAUCGCUAGAAGUCGCUGGAAAGACCGAUACAAGGAGCGUGUGGAUUGUUACCCAGAUGUUCGCAUCGUCUUGAAAAAUCAAAAAAAUAUGCCUUGUCAGGCCUGUGAGUUGAAACGAUAUUGUAAGUUUAAUGUGAUGCUCUUUGGAAAGCUUUAUAAUAGUAGAACUUUGGAAGCAGAUGACUUCAUGUCAGAUGACACACAGGUUUUGAAGGUUGGCGUGGUGUGUGCAAAUCGUACAAGAGUUUACCAUAAUUUGAAGCACUUCAAAUAUAAACUGUAUGUGGAUUGCAGCUCUGUCACUGAGUCAGAAGGUGUUGAGGAUGAACCAGUCAAAGACACAGUCGAACGGCUUUUCAGCCAGUUGGAAGACAGUGGGUGGAUUCAGAAGAGAUAUAAUGAUCUUGAAGAGUACAUGGAUGAUGCAGACAAUUUCCAAGAAGAGAAAAUGGAAUAAGUGGUCAUACAGCUCUUUGAAAGGCACCGUGUACAAUCCUGAAUGGCCUGUUUUAUCUGCAUGCACUUUAUCUCUGCUUAGUCUUCAAGAUUCUUUUUAGGCUUUGUUAUGCUUAAAUCCAUAUGCCUUUAAACUACUGUUUCAAAAUGUGCUGUAUCUUUUUUUCUCAUCUGUAUCAAUAAUAACCCGAAGUUUGACCAAAUCAGUCCUUCCAGUCUUGCUGCAUAUGUCACUUUAAGUUUCCUUCUGUUCUUAAAAAUAACAUCUCAAUAUUUAUUUACUUUUGAAAUAAAACUUCCAUCUAUUUAUACUGAGCUACAUCAUAGGGAAGGUAGAAGAUGCUGAAACCUUUGAAGUAGGUAUAUUUGGAAAGAUAAGGCUAUGUUAUAUGACAACAUAUGACUUGUAUCUUACCUUCUUUGCUACAUGCAAGUUAAAUCAAACCAUUUAGAAUGAUAGGAUAAACAGGACCCAAAUGCAAAGAUCUGUUUCCCCUCUGAGAAAUCAAUAUAGACUGUUGCAAGGCAACAGAGGACGUAGUCUGCAGUCCUGACUACAUUUGCAGCACAAGAGUCAUUCUUCUCUUUAGAGAGUAGGUGAUGAGUCACAUUACAGGCAUUAUACAGACCGAGUCUGACUUAGCCAGUUAAAAGAACGCUUGGGCCCACAGUGCUGUCUCUGAUAUGCAGCUGCAGCAAUUUAUUGAGAUUUUAAACAUCAAAUUACCUUGUGCAAACAUAAUGGCAACAACUUGCAGUAACUAAUAAAAUUAAAGAGAGUGGAAUAAUGUGUCCAUGCAAGAUAAGCAAGAAUUCUUCCAGUGUAAUUUAACAGGAAGUAGGAAUUACUUAGAAUCAUGAAGAAAAUGGCUUACCUGAAUUGCAUGAAACCCAAAUUGGAGUUCUUUGGAGUCAGUGGAGUAGAUUUUUGAGGAGUUAGGAAGAGUUAAGUACUGUAUCAUCUAUUCCGAAAAAUUUGACAUGAGAUGGUAUUGUGUGCUUCCUUCCCAGAAAGCCAGUUGUGCCCUGAGCUGGGUAAAAAGAGGGGUGGCCAUCUGUCAGGGAGGUGAUUCUCCCCCUCUACUCUGUUCUCAUGAGACCCCACCUGGCAUGUUGUACGAGUUCUGGGUCCCCCAGUACAAGAAAGACAUGGUCCUGUUGGAGCGGGUCCAGAGGAGGGCCAUGAAAAUGGUCAGAGGGCUGAAGCACCUCUCUUAUGAAGAGAGGCUGAGAAAGUUGGGGUUGCUCAGCCUGGAGGAGAGAAGGGUUCUGGGGAGACCUUAUUGCAACCGUUUGGUACUUAAAGGGGGCUUAUAAUAAAGAUGGAGAGUAUUUACCAAGGAACUGUUCUUAUCCUGUAUACAUGUACUCCUUUGUUACCCUUCUGUGGCUGAGCAACUUAGUAAAAGGGAAGAUAUUGUUAACACUCUAGAUUAUUUUAACUAGUUGCUUUCUUAAAAGCAAAACUAAUGAAAUCUGAUUUCUCAUGGAUUUGUCCAGAAGAAAUGCCCAUUUUCCUUAUGCCACUUUACAGGUAACAGAUACACUGAUCAGCUAGACAAUUGCUGCCAGGCGUAUCACUUGAUGGUGAACAUCUGUUGGCUCUUUUUCAAAGGAACUGCGCCUUAGAUUUGUCAUUCCCUAACCUUCAUCCAGCAUUCAUUGUAAGAAGUGAACUGCUUUUGUAUUAUAAGUGGUUGAAAUUUAGCAAUGAUUUAUAUGCUAUUAGGGUGAGCUAAUAUCAUUAGUUCUUCAUUGUACCACAUGCAGUCACAAGACUUAAAAACCAAGAUGAAAAAUCUCACUAAACAGAAUGAGAGUUAUUCUCAAGUAAACUUGUGUUGAAGACAUUAUUUCCAUACCUUAGCUGUGAAUUAGAGAUGCAAAUACUCUGACAUGUGAUAUAUCUUGUACCUAUCUCCCUGGUUACCAAAUCUGAAGGAACUCUAUUUUUUCUUUUUCCUUCUUCAUCCCUGUUCUGCUGGGAAUAUUGGUGGGAACACACCUAUCAACUUAAAAGUACUCAGAAAUCCAUCUUGAAUAUAUCCCUUUUAGGAGAAGUAAGGCCUCUUGAUGCCCCACUUCUUUCUGUUAACAAAAUCUCUGUACACUCUUGUUAGUUUCUCUAGAAUAAUAGAAUAAUAUAAAUGUUUGGUGUAACUUUAUUCUUAAAAAGGAAAACUGUUCUGAAAUAAAUAAGGUUUGUACCACAUGAUGGAGUAUGCCCUCUCAGAGCCUUCCUGACUGGUCUUAAUUUCUGCUACCUUCAGAAUUUUCUGAAAACUUGAGUAUGUAUGACUUUUAUUUUAAAAAUAUUGUUAUCAAAAUGAGUGGUUGAUUUCUCAUUUUGCUACAUUUAAACUGGGAAAUU